AUGGAUGAGGACACCCUUCAGAGAAGAGAGGUGCAGCAGAGUCUUGCUGGGGGACCCACUAGCAAAACCACUUCAGGAACCUUCCCUAGCAUUGGCUGUGAUGACUACCUAGGCUCCGACAAAGUCGUGGACAAAUGCGGGGUGUGCGGAGGCGAUAACACAGGCUGUCAGGUUGUGUCGGGCGUGUUUAAGCAUGCCCUCACCAGCCUGGGCUACCAUCGAGUUGUUGAGAUUCCCCAAGGAGCCACAAAAAUCAACAUCACCGAGAUGUACAAGAGCAACAACUAUUUGGCCUUGCGAAGUCGUUCUGGCCGCUCCAUCAUCAACGGGAACUGGGCAAUUGACCGGCCUGGAAAAUAUGAGGGUGGAGGAACGAUGUUCACCUACAAGCGUCCAAAUGAGAUCUCGAGCACUGCUGGAGAGUCCUUUUUGGCCGAAGGUCCCACUAAUGAGAUCUUGGAUGUCUAUAUGAUACACCAGCAGCCUAACCCAGGAGUCCACUACGAGUAUGUUAUCAUGGGGACCAACGCCAUCAGCCCACAGGUGCCACCUCACAGGAGACCAGGGGAGCCCUUCAAUGGCCAGCUGGUCACAGAAGGAAGGAGCACGGAGGAGGGAGAAGAGAAAGAGAGGAAUGAGGAGAAGGAAGACCUGCGCGGUGCGGCACCUGAAAUAUUCACCUCAGAAGCAGCACAGCCCUUCCCGGUCAGGCAUCCAGACAGAUUUUCUUCCCACCAUCCAGACAAUUUGGUGCCACCAGCACCACAGCCCCCACGGCGAAGCCGGGAUCACAACUGGAAACAGCUCGGGACAACAGAAUGCUCAACGACCUGUGGGAAAGGCUCGCAGUACCCUAUUUUUCGCUGUGUGCACAGAAGCACUCACGAAGAGGUCCCUGAGAGCUACUGUGACUCCAGCAUGAAGCCGACCCCGGAGGAGGAGCCCUGCAACAUCUUCCCUUGCCCAGCCUUCUGGGACAUCGGGGAGUGGUCCGAGUGCAGCAAGACCUGCGGCCUGGGCAUGCAGCAUCGCCAGGUUCUGUGCCGCCAGGUGUACGCCAACCGCAGCCUGACGGUGCAGCCCUACCGCUGCCAGCACCUGGAGAAGCCCGAGACCACCAGCACCUGCCAGCUCAAGAUCUGCAGCGAGUGGCAGAUCCGGACGGACUGGACCUCGUGCUCAGUGCCUUGUGGAGUGGGACAGAGGACCCGAGACGUGAAGUGUGUGAGCAACAUUGGGGACGUGGUUGACGAUGAGGAAUGCAACAUGAGGCUCCGGCCGAAUGACAUUGAGAACUGCGACAUGGGACCCUGUGCGAAGAGCUGGUUCCUCACCGAGUGGAGUGAAAGGUGCUCGGCAGAGUGUGGGGUCGGAGUGCGGACACGCUCGGUGGUGUGCAUGACCAACCACGUCAGCAGCCUGCCCCUGGAGGGCUGUGGGAACAACCGGCCAGCGGAGGCCACCCCUUGUGACAACGGGCCCUGCACGGGCAAGGUGGAGUGGUUUGCGGGGAGCUGGAGUCAGUGUUCCAUCGAGUGUGGGAGCGGGACCCAACAGAGGGAGGUGAUUUGUGUUAGGAAGAAUGCAGAUACUUUUGAAGUGCUUGACCCCUAUGAAUGUUCCUUCCUGGAGAGACCCCCCAGCCAGCAAUCCUGCCACCUCAAGCCUUGUGGGGCCAAAUGGUUUAACACAGAAUGGAGCAUGUGCUCCAAGAGCUGCCAGGGCGGUUUCCGGGUCCGGGAAGUGCGCUGUCUGUCAGAUGACAUGACCCUAAGUAAUCUCUGUGACCCUCAGUUGAAACCAGAAGAGAAAGAAUCUUGUAACCCUCAGGACUGUGUCCCUGAAGUUGAUGAAAACUGCAAGGACAGGUACUACAACUGCAACGUGGUGGUCCAGGCGCGGCUCUGCGUCUACAACUACUACAAGACAGCCUGCUGCGCCUCCUGCACUCGCGUGGCCAACAGGCAGCCGGGCUUCCUGGGGAGCAGAUAACACCCCCACACCCCGUCAGUAGGGCAGGACAGGGAGUCUGUGAGCAGUGGGACUGGCUGGCUCCUGCUCCACCAGGGGCUCCCUGGCCCGAUGCGCUGCCAGCCAACUGAGUCACCACCUCCGUGUAAAGUGUACACGUGGUUCCCAGGAGCAAAGCCACGUUGUCCUUUGAGCAUCGCCAUAAACUGAUCAUCCCCUCCUUGGGAAACGUGGCACCUGCCAACUGUGCUCCCUGAAAACCAAGCGGUGGGGAGUGCGCGUGGCUCUCAGCCAGACUCCCGGCCUGCACUUUCUAGGUCAGCGGUCGGGCCCUGACUGGGCACUGCCUUGUCCCUGGUGCUACCGGCCUUUCCAAUAUCAGCGCCCUUGGGGAGUCGGAGGGGCAGUGCCCACCCCAGAGCCCCAGAAGCCUUGCUGAGACGCCCACUUCCCUGUUACCUCAGCCCACAGUGCCUGUUUUCAUUCUCGAAGACGUUAGGCUGUUUUCCUGCCUUACGACACAGAUAUCUCCUGUCAGUAUAGAGCUUUAUUGUUCUGCAGGUGUAUUCACAGAUAUUAGCUCAUAGCGGCUCACAGCGCCUCAGAAUGGGAGGCAGGGAAUGAAUCAUUAUCCCCAUUUUACUGACAAGGAAACUGAGACUCAACUUAGGUAACUGACCUGCCGGGUACGGUCACCCGUUCAGUGGCAGAGCUGAGUCCCGACCCCAAGCGUCUGACCACAAAGCCCUCACCCCGAGGCCUUAGUCUUGGGUCUGCAGGAUGUGGCUUCAUUUCAGACCGAGAGGCUGAGAAGUUUCCGGUUCAGCACAUGAAACCCAGGCCUUUGAGUUUUCCUCUGACCAGAGGUCAGGACGUCAUCCCCUGCGCUCAGUUGUUUCAGAAGUCUGUUUCUAUUUAUGCCUUCCCCCAGGAAGUCAUGGAUCCUGGUUACAGCACUCUGCAGGUUUGUUAAACCCCAUCAGGAAUGGAAUUGUCCCAUGAGAUGAGAAGGCCAUUGGAGGGCAACAAGGUGACUGCCUGAAACACUGAUUCUGUUCGCCAGUGAUAGGUUCCUCCCAUGGAAUCACACAUCAGGGUCCCGUUGGCCACAGAGCCUUUCGUGUCCCCGACCAGGUUUCCCGACAGCUCUGCCCUAGGCUCUCUCCCCUCCUUAGCCGUCUCUCCUGGGCUGUUCACGCUCAUCACCCGGGAAUUCCAACCAAGCUAUCCCAGCAAACCCUGCACUUCCAUUAGAAAGAGUCUCCCUUUGCUCUUUCUUGAUUGACUUAUGGAUUUCUCUCUGUGACUUUGCAUCCCUCCUUUCUCCCAUGACUCACAACCCAUAUCCUCCCCUUCCAGACUUCAGCAUUAAGAUCUACGUUAAUGCAGCCAACCUGGGAGAAGGGGCUGUGAACUCUUCCAGUGAUGGCCACAGCGGCAGGGUCUUCCCUGCUUCACUUCCCCUAACUCUGUAGUUCCAGAGGCCUCAGGCUGGAAGGCGGGUACAGUACAUAUGGAAAGGUGAACUAGCUGAAAAACCAAUUAAGAAGAAGAAAUAUAUAUAUAUAUGUAUUUUAGAUAUAUUAUUUCACUCACUCAUUAAGAAAACUAUCAGGCUAAACAAAUCGUAAGCUUGUAGAAAAUUUAUCUUAUUUAGUACCAUGCUCCCUGGCCUGUUUCCCUUUGAAAGCACGCCUGGAUUCUCAGCAUUUGAGUUUCUGCCGUGAGCCCUUUCCCCUGAAAAUCUGCUAAUCUGAUGAUCAUUUGGGGCUUUUGGAAGAGACACCAGCCUGGUCUGAUGCACUCCAUCAGCUUCCCACGACCCUAGGGUUUUCAGAAACUCUAGCUGGCCUUUCUGUGGGUGUCCUUCUCUUCCUAGAGAGCCCCAGCCAUCACUUCCCAGAAGCACCCCCAUCUCUCCUGAUUUUAUGGAACUUGUGCAAUAAGCCACUGGGCUGAGGCCCAGGAGCCCAUGCCCACCAAGCAAAAGGAGACCAGAGAAGCCAAGCGUGUGGUGUCCCGCCCAGGGCCCACUCUCUCCCUCUCACCACUUGCUUUUGCUUCCUGUCUCAGGGGAGUUUUUCCUUUGUAUGGCUGCUCUCAGAUCUUGCUGAGCUAGCCAAUCAUUGGAAGGAUUUCUUAAAAGAUGCUUUCUUUCAUGCUGAAGGGCAGAGCAAGAUCAAUGGGUGGAAGAGCAGAAAAGCUGAUGUCAGCUCAAAUUAAGGGAAAAGCUUCUAGCCAUCGAAGCUGCCCAGGAGAGGCAUGGACCACCAUACAUGAGUGAGCUCUCCAUCCUAAAAGGGAGUUCUCCAUACGGCUGGAGGUGAACAUCCCAGGUCCUUAACUUGGGAUUCUCACGACUGGGCUAGGUCAAUGAUGGCUUUGUCUCCUUGACACCUAACAUUGUCCUGUGGCCGCCACACACUACCCAAAAGGGCAGCGAUCCUCCUGUGAGAGUGGCCGUCAUGUAGUUGUGGGACUGGGUGGGAGCAAGUGGAUCAAUCUCAUGUCUUCAGGGGGAAAAAAUACCUUAAUUAGGGGUCUUUUUUAUCUUCCAACAAAUAGUUGAGCUAUUCUUGGAAUUCACUCAUCUCUGAAGAGGUUCUAAAUUACUAGAACAGGGGUUUUAUCAACUUAUUUGUCUUAGAAUUCCAACUUUUACUAGGAAAUUAUCCUUGUUUCUUAUAUCAAUAUCUAAAUGCCUUUGUCUUUAGCACAACACAUAUGAUCCAGUCCUUUAGUAUUUCCAGUGAUAACUUUCCUGGGUGGGACCUUCUGAUGACUCUCUCCCUCCGGGCAUGCCUCCUCCCCCUUUCUUGGCACCCCAUUGUUUCAGCCUCUCCUCUCCGUUAUCUGCCAUCUCCUUGUCCAUCCUCUCCCUGUUCCCUUAAAUGGCCAUAAUGCAGAACUGAAAUUUACAUUUUCAUACUGCUUUUUCCCCCCUAUGUACUAGAUUGCCGCAUUCUCUCCUCUGAAUUUUAAAAUUAAAUGAAUUAAAGCUGUUACAUGUUUUUCUCACAAAAUCAACAAAGCUCCAAACAGAAAUAGUUUUCUUUUUUACUUUCACUUACUUAAGAAAGAAAUUGUGCCCCCUUGCAGCCUAGGCAAAGGCCAUUUAAUGCAGUGGACCCUGCCCAUCCUCACGUCGACUUGCAUUUCUCCCCAUAGAAAAGGAAUAGUAUAAAAGAGGUGACGCUAAAAAAAAAAAAAAAAAAAAAAUGUUGUAAACCCAGCCACUAGAGGGAGCCAGUUCAGUUCAUUAAAGGCAUGUUGAGCGCCCACUACCUUCCAGCUAAUCUGGAACCGAGAUGAGCAAGGCCUGUGCUUGCCCUCAGGGAGCUACAGUGUGAUGCUAGCGCUCAGAUCUGUCCCUUUGCCUUACUUCUCGGUCCAGGGUUCUUGGAGUUUGGUUUUUUCUUCAUUUCCUUCAGUAUGCAUCAUUUACUUAUCUUCAAAGUGUUGAGCAUUCAACACUCUUUUUCCUUUACAAAGAUUGGCCUUACAGAGGGAUGAAAAAUGAGAGACACUAGCUUAAUUUAUUUUCAUCAAGUUGUGUGGCAGAGAGAGAAAUCUAGAGGUUACUAGUACCUUUCUAAACCAGUGGCGCCCUGUUUUUUUUAAUGGAAUCAUUUUAGAAUUGGAAUAUCAGUUUUCUAAUGUGGAACACAUAAAUAUAAGUGGUAAAAAGAAACGUGACUUCUCCUAAAACAGGCUAAAUAACCAAACCUGAGGGAGCCCAAAUUAGCCUGGCAGGCGGAGGCCAACAUUGGAUCUUUGCCAUGUGAAACAUUUUUAAUACAGCUUCGAUGGGAAGUUAGAGGCCUUACUGAUAAAAUUGGUGGAUGGCACGAAUUUGGAGAGCUAAUGGCUUGAGUGACAGGCUCUGGAUCCGAAAAGAUCUAGGAGACUAGAACAAAACCUGGAUCUUAGAAAUUCACCAGGGAACAACACGAAGUCCUCCCUUUGGAUUGAAAAAUAAAUAAAUAAAAAGUAUACAAGUUCAA